AUGCAACAAUCAUCGUUUACAUCCGACUUAGGCAUAGUCCAAAUACCCGAUCAUGAAUAUAAUAAUACUACCACUACUACUGAUCAUCAUCAUCAUCAUCAUCAUUGGAGCUUCGAGGAGAACAAAGCAUUUGAAAUUGCUGUUGCAGAAUUGAGCAAAGAAUUAGGUUCUCUGGACCUCAUGAUUCACCAAAUAGCUUUGAGAUUUCCAGGGAAAACAGUCUCGCAGAUCGAGCAGCAUUUAAAAGCAUUAACCGAAGACAUCGAGAUGAUAGAGAAAGGUCUAAUUCCCAUACCCAACUACGUCGAAAGUAGUAGUAAUCAUGAUGAUAAGCAAAUUAGAAAUGGAGCUGAAACUAAAUCCACCAAUCCACCAAGAAGAAAGGGAAUUCCAUGGACCAAGCAUGAGCAUGAGUAA